CUGCGUGUAUCCCGACUACGACGAAACCACCCACCUUAUCCGUUUCGGCUCCCGCGCAGACGACGGCGACCGGGGGGUCGGCCGGCCAUGGCGUCGCCCAUGUCCAAGCUGCUCACCCCGCCUCCAUCCCGCACCGCCGCCACGUCCCGACGCUUAAUCCCUCCCCGCACGUCGGCGGCAGCAUCCUUCGCGCGGAGCCCGACCGGCCGUCGAGCCGCGGCGACGCCGUACAGUUUAGUUUCAGGAAGGCGCUUCGCCGCGAGCUGUGCCUCCGCGGACCGCGCCGGCACGACGGGCCUCGCCCCCGCCGCCGCCGCCGAGGAGCUCGACGACCUGCCGUUUGUCCAGCUGUCCUCGGACAUCCUCCAGACGGAGCUGAGCCUGCUCAAGGAUGACGACGCGCUCGCCGCCCUUCAGAGGAGCGACGGCGGAGGCGGCCGCCUCUUGGGCGAAACCGCUGCUUACCCGGCUGCCAUGACAGCGCUUUACGCGGCCUGCCUCGCCGGGAACGUGACCGAGCAGCUGUGGAACUUCACGUGGCCCGCCGCCAUCGCCACGCUCCACCCGAGCCUCCUCCCUGUCGCCGUCCUCGGCUUCUUCACCAAGCUCGUGGUGUUCGCGGCCGGCCCGCUGGUCGGAGAUCUCAUGAGCGCGCUACCUCGGAUCCCCGCGUACCGAUCGCUGACCGUGAUCCAGACCGCAGCGCAUUGGGUUUCGGCCGCGAUGAUCACGUACGCGUUCACGCUUCCCCGGGCUUCCACGGCGCCGGCGCUGCUCCUGCAGCCGUGGUUCGCGGUGCUGGUGGCGUCCACCGCCGUCGACCGGCUCUCCUGCGUCUCCCUCGGCGUAAUCGCAGAGCGCGACUUCGUCGUGCAGCUAGCAGGGGAAGGCAGGCCGAUCGCGCUGGCGCGGGCGAACGCGACGCUCAGCAGAGUCGACCUCCUCUGCGAGACGGCAGGGGCGUCCAUCUUCGCUGUCUUGCUCUCCAGGAGCGACCCCCUGACCUGCAUCAGGCUCUCCUGCGCCAUCUCGCUCUGUGCUCUGCCCCUUCUGUUAUUUCUAGGUGGUGCAAUGAAUCGACUCGCUGAUGGCAUCUUCGAUCACUCUGCUAGUCUGGGCCCGCUCGAGCGCUCUGAACAUGGGAGCACGCACGCAGCUUCUGCUCUCAGCAUCAGGAACAAAGUUGAAGAUGCCUGGGCGACCAUCAGGCACGGCUGGACGGAGUACCUACGACAGCCGGUCCUCCCGGCGAGCCUCGCCUACGUGCUCGUCUGCUUCAACGUCGCGCUCGCCCCCGGCGCUCUCAUGACCACGUUCCUCAUCCACCACGGUGUGAGCGCGUCGGUGCUCGGCGCGUUCGGCGGGUCGUCGGCGGUGAUGGGGAUCCUCGCGACGUUCAUGGUCCCAAACCUUGUCAAGGAGCUGGGCAUCCUCAAGGCCGGAGCUGCGGGGCUGAUCGCUCAGAGCACGCUCCUCGGCGCGGCGGUCCUGGUCUUCCUCACCGGCCCCGUCUCACGGCAGGGCACCCUCUUUGCCUUCCUCGGUUUGAUCGUGGCGUCGCGGCUGGGGCACAUGGCGUACAGCGUGAUCGGCCUGCAGGUGGUGCAGUCGGGGAACCCGAUGGGGAAGGCGAAGCUCAUCGGCGCCACAGAGAUCGCCGUGGCCAGCCUCGCCGAGCUCACCAUGAUGGGCGUGGCCGUGGUAGCCAGGGAUGCCGCGCACUUCGGCUGGCUGGCCGCGCUCUCGGCGGCGUCGGUCGCCGCGGCCGCCUGCCUGUUCUGCUCGUGGCUGGCAAACCCCACCGACGAGCUCAAGAGGCUCUUCCCACGCUGAUGUACGGUGUGCAAAAUUUUGUAAAGUGUUCGAUCCAAAUUUUGUAGGGGGGCACAUGCCCCUCCCCUCGCCACUCAAAUUUUAUAUAGCUCAAACAAAAUAGCAUCACAUCUCUUGCGGUGAAGUGCCUUGGAACAUGCCGAGGUUGUUGUCGAGUGUUGAGUGUACGAGGUGGAAUUGUAGGGUGGGCCUCCAGCUCCGUCGUCAGUGGUGAACGUGACAUUGGCCUCUAACCAGAAGGCUAAAUAGGGUUGUUCU